UGCUGCACACACCCUUUGUAACACACUGCGCCUUUUUUUCCUAAGGAAGACAUCUGCGCGCGUCUGUCCGCUUUUCCUUAAACAUGGAUCGGAACUGAUACUGUCACGCGGACGUUUUCCACUUACGAUGGCCCCGCUUGGACGAAACUUUCUCAAGGCGCGAUUGAAAAACAGGUCUAAGGAUGCAGAGGAGACCCCUGGGAAGGAAAUCCAGGUUCUUGUAUUCCAGGAAGAGAAGGUUGUCUGUGGCGUCACCAAGCACACAACUUGUGCUGAUGUGGUUCAGGCUCUGCUGGAAGAUCAUAAGAACAUACCAGAGAGUAAGAGGACCCUACAUGGGGAAGCCAAGGAGUUCUGCCUCCUGGAGCGCUGGAAGGGCUUUGAGAGGGCUCUACCCCCUCUCACCCGUAUCCUCCGACUAUGGAACGCAUGGGGUGACGAGAGGCCCUUUAUUCGCUUCGUCUUGGUGAAGGCCAGCAAGUUCAUGCCCUCCUCCACGGGAGCAAAGAGGACGCUGAAGUCCCGGGUGGUGAAGUCGAAGCGAUGGGAGCAAGGCCCCGCCCACUGCUCCAAGACCCUUGCUGUCGAGCGUCAGAAGAAGAUGGUGAAGAAGGCUUUCCGCAAACUGGAGAAGAUGCAGAAAGGAGGAACGUCUGAGGGCUCGGAGGAGAUUGACAGGAUGGUGCGGCUGAUCAUCUCACAGGACCACACCAUCCGGCAGCAGAUCUACCACAUGAGGGAACUGGAUCUGGAGCUUGAGCAUAUGGAGCAGCAGUUUAGGGAGAACCCCGACCCGUGCUCCAGCACAGCCAAGAGCUCCAGCAGCCUCCUGCUCUCCACGUCUGUGUCCCAGGGUGAGGAGCAGCUGCAGGAGUACCUGUAUGCCAGCAGUGGCAUCACACAGCUGGAGCUGCAGGUGCGCAGGCAUCAGGAACUCAUCGAUGAGCUGUCUAGAGACAUUGACCUGGAGCUGAAAAGAAACUCCUGGACCCCGGACUCCGGGGAGCUAGAGGGUGCGGCGGCUGCAGGUCUCACCUUGGAUCUGGAAUCCACGUCUUCCUUGUCUUCCGUGGAUGCUUCGGGGAUGGAGGGCUUGCGCAGUGAGCUGGAUCUGAGCAUGAGAACAGGGUUAUUGCUGUACGCCCAAAGCCAGGACCUGGAGCGAGAGCUGCAGUGGAACAACACUUUAAUGCAGUCCAGGAACCAGGAGUACCAGCACCUCAUGGCCCAGCUGGGUUCCCUGCAGCUUGGGGACUGCCCUGAGCCAGCCAGCCCUACAAAUCUCUCCCUGAAGAACUCAACGAGGGUAGGUGUGUCCCAGCAGGCAACAGGGAAGCUCAGGCAGAACCUGUCCCCUACUGAUGUCACAGACACAGACUCAGACACUGGCAUUAGCUCCACUCACAGUCAGGAUUCGCUGUCCCCCUGUGUGGACAGACAACUCCCCCUGGACAGUGAUGUCUAAACUGUCUAAAAACUUGUGCGUUUAGGCAGCUUGGUGAACUAAAUUCCUAAAUUCAUUUGUCAUGCCUUGGAUUUUGAGCUACCAGCUAAGAAGAACUUCACUUCUCAACAGCACUUCUCUGACUUCUCUGCUAAGAUAUUAGCGCAGGACUGUGAUGCAGUGUGCAUUAUGAAGCAGUAAAAGAAAUUAACAUUAUUUCAUGUAUUCUUGUGAACUGCUACUUUGUCAUCCAGUGAUAGCUACAGGAUCAAACGUUCCCAUGUAACUGCAAUCUGCUACCGAUGCUGUAAAUAUGUUUUACUGCAGUACACUUAAGCUAUUAUCCCCAACCCUCCCAAAUUAGACUCAGUAUGACAAGAAUGAAUCAACAUGCUAUACAAAUCUCUCGUUUGUUCAUUCAUUAUUUUGAACAUGGAGCUGCUGGAUUGUAAGGUCGGUUUUCUUAGACGGUUUGAUCUCCAUAUUCAGCACAAUAUUCAUGCGAAUCUCUUGAACAUUAUUAAUUUUAUCACUCAUUACCAUUUCACAUUGAAUCCAAGUACUUAAGGCCAUGGUGAUACCGAUAAAAUGUGCUUAUCAAAUGAAAGUUUGUUUUAUAUUAAAACAUACAACAGGACAAUUAUAGACCUGAUAAAUGCUUUUUACAUAUGUAGCAUUUCCAUAUUGUGUAGCCAACUUGAUAAGCUAUGAUGUGACACAUAGAUAAUGUGGUGAAAUCUAUGUGAUUAUUGAUACCUUAAAAAAAAUAUAUUGUAUUUAUUACAUGCUAACGUUUUAUUUAAAAUGACCUGCUAUGACACUGUAUGAGACCUUGUACAUUAAAAAUCUA